GGUGGAAGAGUGGGCACUAGAAAGAGCCUACUAGAAAGAGAAUGGGAAGAGGGAGCGGGAACCCAUUCCCAGUUCUCCAUUUUCCCAGGUGCCCUCUGGCCACCUCCUUCCUCACCCCAGGUCCCCUCCCCCUCCACUGCAUCACACACUCACCCACAAUUUCUGCUCCUAUGAACAGGCUGAGGAGAACUCUCACCAACCAGAACCAGCGCUGCAGGAACAGGAACCUGGUCAGGACUGGGUACUGCCCAACCAGAGUCCCCAAGCUCUCCCUUGACCCCGUGCCACCCAGGCCUUUAGUGCUUCUGCAACUUCUCUCUCUUGCCCACUUUCCCCCAGUUACAUUCCUGACCUUUAAAGGCUGAAGUCAAGUCAUGCAAGUCCGUCUGAGCCACUGGCAUUUCUAAUGUUUUCUGGCUGCAUGCUUCUGCCUCCCAGCCCCAUUUCCCAGUCCACCCUGCAACUGGGCUGUCUCUACCUGGUGCUCUCCCACCACCUUCAUCCCCUUUCCUCUCCAGCUAUCUGACUCCUAGUCCUGGUCCCACCUCCUGCUUGGGUCACUGCCAUGAUGAGGCUCAGUGAGUCCAGAAGUGCUAGGCAGGCAGCGGUCACCUCCCUCAGGAGAGGGAGGCCUCAAGGUCUGGUCACCAAGUAGAGGAGGUGCGAACACAACCUCUCAGAUAUUACUAGGUGUGCCAGUUUCCCAGAAAACCAACACAAGACUCAGGGAGGCUAGGUCCUCCUAGACUUGAAAAACAGACAACUUAGGUUCUGGGAGAGGAGGGAAUCUAAGAAAAAGUGCCCAGUCUGCUACAACUUCAAAGAAAUUUCUGUGGAGAAAUCUCUGUCGUUAGGAUGGGGGCUCCCACACACAUGACUCAACCCAGUGCACAGCUGAAACACAGCAGUAUGAGUUGCUGGUUUCUGUCCUCUUGGCCAGAAGGUCAUCGCCUGAGGUCGGGAUGGGAGUGGGAUGGGAGUGGAGGUGCAGCCUGAGGAGAGGCAGGAGACCCCUGCAGCACGUGAAGACUAGAACUGGCCCCAGGAUUACUGGACUGGGCUCCCACUCUCUGCAGCAGCCUCCUGAAUGUUCCAGCUGGGGUCAGCCUCUGGAUGUCUUGUAUGGGACCUCUCCCUAACCUUGGGAAGGGGUGCUUGCUGGGCCAGACGUCUGGCUAUGCUCCACCUGUCUGGUUCAGUGCUUCAGUUUGACUAUUCAUGGAAGAUAUUGCCGCCGUCUUAACUGUCCUGUCCUCCAGAGACAUGCUGUCCAUGACGCCCUCCACCCCCAGACCCAAGCUUCUAGUACCCCCUUACCGAGUGGCCACGAAUCCCGGGUAAGAUGAGUAGGAAGCUGGCAGCCAAGGCCAAGAACACCAGAAUGACAAUGAGUAGCGGGACGCUGAUGCCGGCGGCAUGCCGGGGCUGAGGGUAGAAGGGCAGCACACCGUUCCACAGAGUCAUGCUGCAACCCGGCCGAGCUGGGUCUGUUCCAGCGGGGAGAGCGGUCACUGGCGUCCGAGCCCGGAUCCCACUUCCCUUUACCCCGUUCCCUGCGUGCGAGGACUGGACCCAAUGGACAAGUCAAGUCUGAGCGCCUCGGCUCGCCCCUGAGGAAGCGCAGCAGCUAGCUGCCCUCAGGCUCUCUGGGUUGGCCGGGACGGAGUUAGGUAGGUGGGAGAGCGGGCUCCGCGUGUUCACUCUGCGUUUGGAAGUCGCACAGGACCUGAAAUCCUUUUUAUAGCAGCCUGGGCAGCGUGACGAGCCGUGUCGGGGCUUUGCAGCCAGGUCCCAGAGGGAAGAGAUCAUGCAAACGAGAGGCGGAGGUCGCUAUGCAAAUGAGAGGAGCCCCACCUGCAUAGCAAGAGGGAGAAGCAGUUCCUGAGGGGUAGGAUUCAAGGCUUUGUUCGGGACCUGGGAGGCUGGAGGGUCAGCAUGCUCCGCGCAAGGCCAGAGGCACUGGUGCUCCUGGGAGCUCUGCUGACUGCACUCCUGGACCCAGCGGGCGGCCAGGACUCACUGUCGCUGACCUGGGAAGUGCAGCGCUAUGACGGCUGGUUCAACAACCUGAGGCACCACGAGCGUGGCGCUGCCGGCUCCCGACUGCGGCGCCUUGUACCAGCUAAUUAUGCGGACGGCGUGUAUCAGGCUCUGGGGGAGCCGCUGCUGCCCAACCCGCGCCGACUCAGCAACACCACCAUGCGGGGCGCAGCCGGGCGGCCAUCCGGCCGCAAUCGCACAGUGCUGGGGGUCUUCUUCGGCUACCACGUGCUCUCGGACCUGGUGAGCGUGGAAAAGCCUGGCUGCCCGGCCGAGUUCCUCAACAUCCACAUCCCGCCCGGAGACCCCGUGUUCGAUCGCGACCAGAGCGGGGACGUGGUGCUGCCCUUCCAGAGGAGCCGCUGGGACCCCGAGACCGGACAGAGCCCCAGCAACCCCCGGGACCUGACCAACGAGGUGACGGGCUGGCUGGACGGCAGCGCCAUCUAUGGCUCCUCGCACUCCUGGAGCGACGAGCUGCGGAGCUUCUCCGGGGGGCGUCUGGAGUCGGGGCCCGACCGCGCCUUCCCCCGGGACGCGCACGACCCGCUGCUUAUGUGGACGGCGCCCGACCCCGCCACGGGACGGCGCGGGCCCCGGGGGCUGUACGCCUUCGGGGCGGAGCGAGGGAACCGCGAGCCCUUCCUGCAGGCGCUGGGCCUGCUCUGGUUCCGCUACCACAACCUGUGGGCGCAGAGGCUGGCCCGCCAGCACCCGCUCUGGGGGGACGAGGAGCUGUUCCAGCACGCGCGCAAGAGGGUCAUCGCCACCUACCAGAACAUCGCGAUGUAUGAGUGGCUGCCCAGCUUCCUGCAGCAAGCACCGCCGAAUUACACAGAGUACCGCCCUUUCCUGGACCCCAGCAUCUCUCCGGAGUUCCUGGCGGCCUCUGAGCAGUUCUUCUCCACCAUGGUGCCCCCUGGCGUCUACAUGAGAAACACCAGCUGUCAUUUCCAGAUGGUCCUGAAUGAGGGUUUUGGCAGCUCCCCAGCUCUCAGAGUCUGCAACAGCUACUGGAUUCGGGAGAACCCCAAUCUGAACAGUGCCGAGGCAGUGAAUCAGCUGCUGCUGGGAAUGGCCUCCCAGAUUUCGGAGCUGGAGGACAGGAUAGUGGUUGAAGAUCUGAGGGAUUACUGGCCUGGCCCUGGCAAGUUCUCCCGCACUGACUAUGUGGCCAGCAGCAUCCAACGUGGCCGAGAUAUGGGGCUGCCCAGCUAUAGCCAAGCCCGACAGGCCUUGGGGCUGGAGACCCCAGAGAACUGGAGUGACCUCAACCGCAACGUGGACCCUCAGGUGCUGGAGGCCACAGCCGCCCUGUACAACCAGGACCUGUCCCGGCUGGAGCUACUCCCCGGGGGGCUCCUGGAGAGCCAUGGGGACCCUGGACCCCUCUUCAGCGCCAUCGUCCUCGAUCAGUUUGUGCGACUGCGGGAUGGCGACCGCUACUGGUUUGAGAACAGCAGGAAUGGGCUAUUCUCCAUGGAGGAAAUUGCAGAAAUCAGAAACACCACUCUUCGGGACGUGCUGGUGGCUGUCACCCGCGUGAACCAUGGUGCCCUGCAGCCCAAUGUCUUUAUUUGGCAACAAGGUGCACCCUGCCCUCAGCCCCGGCAACUCACAAGUGAAGACUUGCCCCCCUGUGUGCCCCUGACUGUGACUGAUUUCUUCGAGGGCAGUGGUCCUGGUUUUGGCAUCACCAUCGUGGCUCUGUGCUGUCUCCCACUAGUGAGCCUGCUUAUCUCUGGGGUGGUGGCCUAUUUCCGGGGCCAAGAGCGCAAGAAGCUACAAAAGAAAGGCAGAGAGAGUGUGAAGAAGGAAGCAGCCGAAGAUGGAGUGUCAGCGAUGGAGUGGCCGGGACCCAGGGAGAGGGGCUAUCCCAUCACCAUCCAGCUGCUCCCAGACAGGCGUCUGCAGGUCCUGGACAGGCGUCUCUCUGUGCUCCGCACUGUCCAGCUGCGGCCCCCGCAGCAGGUCCACCUCAUCCUGUCCAGCAACCGCGGACGCCGCACCCUGCUGCUCAAGAUCCCCAAGGAGUAUGACCUGGUGAUGCUGUUUAACUCCGAGGAAGAGCGAGGCACCUUCGUGCAGCAUCUGCAGGGCUUCUGUGUGAGCUGGGCUCUGGGCCUUGAUGUGGCUGAGAUGAGUGAGCCUGAGCUGUUCAGGAAGGCUGUGACCAAGCAGCAGCGGGGCCGCAUCCUGGAGGUCUUCUUCAGACACCUCUUUGCCCAGGUGCUGGACAUCGACCAGGCAGACGCAGGGACCCUGCCCCUGGACUCGUCACAGAAGGUGCGGGAGGCCCUGGCAUGUGAGCUGAGCCGGGCUGAGUUUGCCGAGUCCCUGGGCCUCAAGCCCCAGGACAUGUUUGUGGAGUCCAUGUUUUCUCUGGCCGACAAGGACGGCAAUGGCUACCUGUCCUUCCGGGAGUUCCUGGACGUCCUGGUGGUCUUCAUGAAAGGCUCCCCAGAGGACAAGUCCCGCUUGAUGUUCACCAUGUAUGACCUUGAUGGGAAUGGCUUCCUCUCCAAGGACGAGUUCUUUACCAUGAUGCGGUCCUUCAUCGAGAUCUCCAACAACUGCCUGUCCAAGGCCCAGCUGGCCGAGGUGGUGGAGUCCAUGUUCCGGGAGUCGGGCUUCCAGGACAAGCAGGAGCUGACAUGGGAGGACUUCCACUUCAUGCUGCGGGACCACGACAACGAGCUCCGCCGCACCCAGCUCUGCGUCAAGGGUGGAGGUGGAGGUAUUGGAGACAUUCUUAAACCAAACGUCAGCUGUCGAGUGUCAUUCAUCACUCGGACUUCUGGGGAACGUUUUUGCCCUCAGGGAGUGGGGCUCCCUGUCUCAGAAGCCCCAGAGUUGGGAGGCCCUGGGCUGAAGAAGAGGUUUGGCAAAAAGGCAGUGGUACCCCCUCCCCGGCUAUACACAGAGGCGCUGCAGGAGAAGAUGCAGCGGGGCUUCCUGGCCCAGAAGCUGCAGCAGUACAAGCGCUUCGUGGAGAACUACCGGCGGCACAUCGUGGCCGUGGCAAUCUUCUCAGCCAUCUGUGCCGGCCUGUUUGUGGAGCGUGCUUACUACUAUGCCUUUGCCUCGCCACCCUCGGGCAUUGCAGAGACCACCCUCGUGGGCAUCAUCCUGUCGCGGGGCACGGCGGCCAGCGUCUCCUUCAUGUUCUCCUACAUCCUGCUCACCAUGUGCCGCAACCUCAUCACCUUCCUGCGAGAGACCUUCCUCAACCGCUACAUACCCUUCGACGCCGCCGUGGACUUCCAUCGCUGGAUCGCCAUGGCUGCUGUCGUCCUGGCCAUUUUGCACAGUGCUGGCCACGUGGUGAAUGUCUACAUCUUCUCAGUCAGCCCCCUCAGCCUGCUGGCCUGCAUCUUCCCCAGCGUCUUUGUGAAUGAUGGGUAUGACAGGGGUGCUCCUGCUCCUGGUUCUCGCCAUCAUGUACAUCUUUGCCUCCCACCACUUCCGGCGCCGCAGCUUCCGGGGCUUCUGGUUGACCCACCACCUCUACAUCCUGCUCUAUGUGCUGGAGUGACCCACCUCGAGUUCCAGCGGCCCCAAGGCUUUGAGUACAAGUCAGGACAGUGGGUGCGGAUCGCCUGCCUGGCUCUGGGGACCAACGAGUACCACCCCUUCACCCUGACUUCUGCGCCCCAUGAGGACACGCUUAGCCUGCACAUCCGGGCAGUAGGACCCUGGACCACCCGCCUCAGGGAGAUCUACUCACCCCCGACGGGUGACAGCUGUGCCAAACAUCCAAAGCUGUACCUCGAUGGACCAUUUGGAGAGGGCCACCAGGAGUGGCAUAAGUUUGAGGUGUCCGUGCUGGUGGGAGGGGGCAUUGGGGUCACCCCCUUUGCCUCCAUCCUCAAAGACCUGGUCUUCAAGUCAUCCUUAGGCAGCCAAAUGCUCUGUAAAAAGAUCUACUUCAUCUGGGUGACACGGACCCAGCGGCAGUUUGAGUGGCUGGCUGACAUCAUCCGGGAGGUGGAGGAGAAUGACCACCAGGACCUGGUGUCCGUGCACAUCUACAUCACCCAGCUGGCUGAGAAGUUUGACCUCAGGACCACCAUGCUGUACAUCUGUGAGCGGCACUUCCAGAAGGUGCUGAACCGGAGUCUGUUCACGGGCUUGCGCUCCAUCACCCACUUUGGCCGACCCCCCUUCGAGCCCUUCUUCAACUCUCUGCAGGAGGUCCACCCAAAGGUGAGGAAGAUCGGGGUGUUUAGCUGCGGCCCUCCAGGAAUGACCAAGAAUGUAGAGAAGGCCUGUCAGCUCAUCAACAGGAAGGACCAGGCCCACUUUGUGCACCACUAUGAGAACUUCUGAGCCCUCCCUCCCUGGUUCCGGAUCCCUCCAUGGACCAGCCCUGCCUGCAGUUUCUGUCAGAAUUCACCUCUGGCCUUAGCUGGAGAGCUGGAAGAGCCUCUCCCUCAUUACCCCAUCUGUCCCAGGCUCUGAGAAGAUAGAGGAGGCCCUUCUAGCUUAAGCCACAACAGGCUGUGGCAGACAAAGUAGGGAGGGGACAGUCCCUGCCCUGUGACAACUAUGGAGGUGAAGAGAUACAACCGCAUUUUCCUCUGAUAGGUCCCCAUGUCUGUUUUCCUUCCAGAAAAUCAAUGUAUUGCUUGGUAUUUUCUAGGCCUAGGCAUUUGAGGGAGGACAGGGUGGGGAUACCUGGUGUGAAGAGAGGGUUCAGAGUGAGAAUCUCCUUAGAGCCCAGCUUAGAAGUUGCGAUGCUAAACCUGGAUGGCCUGCCUGCCUCAAUUCAGUCUCCGAGGCCUUUUCCCUCCAGCUCUACCCCCCAACCCAUUCCUGCUCCUAGAGUAUCAGGAACCCUGAGGAGCAACCAGCAACGCCCGCUGCCCUCACCUCUUGGCUGGCCCUUAGCCUGCUGGAGCAGCCCCUCAGCUCUGGUACCAAGGGAGUCCAGCCUCUCUGCCAAUCAUCCAGAGUUCCCACUCAGCUCCCCUCCUCCACAGGACUUGGAUGACCAACUGUCCCAGUUUGCCCAGGACUCUCCCAGUCUUGGCACUGAAAGCCUCUUGUCCUAGGAUACCCCUCAGUCCCAGGCAAAUCAGGACAGUUGGUCACCUUCCACAGGAGCCAAUCUGGGACAUCACCUCCAUAUUCUUUAAGACCCUUCCUUUUCCUUCUUCAACUGGCUCUUUCCUCAAAAGCUAAGCUUUAAUUAAAAAAAAACAAAAGGUAUAAUUUGCAUAAAGUGUACAGAUCUUAAAGUUACCAUGUACUACAUGUGUUACUACUACCCAAAUCAAGAUAUAGAACAUUUCCAUCACCCCAGAAACUUCCCUUGUACCCCUUCCAGUCAGUCUCCCCAGGCCUUAGAAGCAACCACAGAUGUGAUUUUUUGUUAUCACUCCAGAUUCAUUUGGUCAUACUGAAUGUACUCUUUUGAAACUGGCUUGUUUUACUCAGCACAAUGUCUCUGUGAUUCAUCCAUGUUGUUGUAUAUAUCAGUAGUUUGUUCCUUUUUAUUGAUGUGUCAUAUUCCAUUAUAGAGA